UUGUGGCGUUAUGGAAGGUGUCCGCAUCGCUGUGGUCGUCUUUCUCCUACAGUAUGCCGAGGGGUCACUGAUUGAAAUAGGAGUAGUGUCGGGAAAUGCUGACGCCAUACAAGUCAUCACCAAUAACGUAACAGGUCAUGUGGGACGCGUACACUGGUUCGAGGAAAGACGUGGGUCUAUUUUCUAUAAAGCAGCUCAAAUUUCAAGUAUGCGGAACUACAACUUGGACCUCAUCAUAACUCCACACCCUGUGAGAGGAAAGUCGGUGUCUGUCAUCAGUCCAGGACUGAUUCAAGAGGAGUCGUGGCUUGAUUUUUAUAGAAAUGAUCCCUCAUCUAGCCCGGCGUACCCCUCUGAGCCCUAUUUUUCCGACCACCUCCACCACACCAGCCACGUCAUCCACACGCUUUUGUGGACAUCGACAACGAUAUUCAGCGACAGGGAGAACCGUGUCGAUGCGAAGAGACUGGCAAGUGAACUGUCAAGGCAUGGAGUCAAACCACAACUAGUCCUCGUGAAGACAGACGGAAGUAACCUGAUAUUUCUGGAACAAAUCAUGGACACCAUUGGGAUGGAUAAGAUGAAACACAGGCUCAGGUUCGUUCUGAUGUGUUCCUUACCACUUGUCAAGCAAAUACUUAGAGAGGCUGAAGACUGGGACAAGUAUUAUGGGAAAGGUUCCUUGUUCCGACACUUCUCUCAGUGGCUGUUGCUUCUGUCCCGAUCUUCUCUGGGAGCGAUAGAGGGCAUGGACCUGAAGCUUGAUCAUGUCGCCGUCAUCAGCAGGUCAGACAGGGACUUUGACGUCGGACAACUGUCCCAGUGGGUGGUGAACACAAUGGUGGAAGUCCUGUCGUCAAUGCACACCUGCAACAGAUCUGAUGCCACGGACUCCUUUCUGCAAAUUGUCAGAAAAGAGCACGCCGAGGGAACAAUAAACACUAUGCUACACACGUUGCUGUGGAAACCUCAUGGCCGGAAGUUUUCUCAAGUCCAGCGCUCGCGGUAUGACACAUCCCUCAAUGAUGUGUUCCCGAAUCUGAAACUAGGAUUAAACCAACGAGAGCUGAGAAUUGCUGCACUUGAGUUUCAACCAUUUGUAAAGAGACAUGAAAGAAAUGGAAAUCUCACCUUUACACACGCGAGCAUCGACCUGGUCGACCACCUGAAAAGUGUCCUAAAUUUUACGUAUUCCUUCACUGAGCCGGCCGACGGAGAAUGGGGACAUCCGGUUUCCGGAGACCUCAGCAAUUAUACAGGACUUCUUGGCAUGCUGCAGAGAGAGGAAGUAGACUUAAUUGCAACUCCAAUGGGCUACACAGGUGAACGGGAUCACGUCGCUGACUUCCUACCAUUUGUCCAUGAGUCGUACAACGGGAUGAUAUUGAGGGACACUCAGGGCAGUUCCAAGUUGUCAAGUGCCCUGACCGAUCCGUUCCGUUGGCAGGUGUAUGCUGUGGGAGGAGGGACUCUACUGGGUGUCCUUCUGCUGUAUCUUGCAAUAGAAUGGAGUAACCCAUUCUACCAUGAUACAAUAUCUGUAGCAAAAGGAUUGAAGCCUGCAGGUGUUCUGGACACAGUGACGUAUCUGUUUGGCUCCGCAAUUAAUCAGGGAGGCGUUCAUCUACCCGUGUCCUGUUCAGGACGAAUCCUGUUGAGCUUCUGGUGGCUGUUCAUUAUAGUGAUGACGGCAGCCUACAGUGGGAAUCUAAUUGCUUCACUCACCGUCAUAAGAAAAACACCUCCAUUUGCAAGUUUGGAUGACAUAUUCGCAGAUGCAAACCUAAAGAUCGGAUUGGUAGGAGGAGGAGCGGUGCUUCAGGAAACUCUUGAGACUUCUAACGACAGUAAACUGAUGGGGUUAUGGGAAAAGAUCGCGGCUUCCAAAGACUUGGACAAUGACAUCCUUAAUCACAACCCCUCUGUACAUUUGAAGAAGGUUAUGACAGAGAAUUAUGCCUUCCUGAACGACAUCUUGGAAUUAGAAGUGUUCAUGAAAACCUUAUGUGAUGUAUAUAUAUUGAAGGAACAAUUUGUACCCCAACAAUACAGUCUUCUACUGCCAAAAGAUUCUCCACUUACAGAUAUGUUCUCUAAAGAAAUCAUCACGGUUCAGGAAAUCGGCUUGAUGGAGUACUGGCUUAGGAAAUGGAAACCCAAGCUGAACGAUAGUGCAUGCCCUUCCACUGAGAAAGGGGCAAAGCCUAUAGGCCUAGAGAAGUUGGCGGCAGCGCUACUCGCCCUCCUGGUUGGGGUACUGUUUUCGGGGAUGUGCCUUCUCAUUGAGCUGGUCGUCAAAGCAUCAACAUAACUCCUGUGAAACAAAGUUUACGAAAUGACAGACAACCGCCUACUCACAAGAAGCACUCAGCUCUUCUCUACGGUUUCAUCGCUUUUUGACCCAUACCAGAAGAUGUAAUCAAUAUGAAUGGUUGAUGUGAAUCAUAUUGCCUGUGAUAAGGAUCUGUGAGCCUGUGAUAUGUUACGCGUGAUGCUUAAGUGGGAUUAAUGUCGACGUCAGUACGAGUUCGAUAUAAUGCGUGAACACAUUACACCCGUCCUGAAAGAGCUGCUCUGGCUACCUGUGAGACUCAGGAUCGUGUUCAAGCUGAUCAUAUUUGUCUACAAAUCGAUCCAUGGGUUAUCCCCAGUAUACCUCCAUGAACUCACUGCCCUUUACCAACAUGGACGAACACUGAGAUCUGCAAACUCUAUGAAAUGCACUGGGGAUCAGGGGAUCUGAAGAUGUCAGCACCUUUAAUCAAAACUCAAGACCAUCCUCUACAAAAGAGCAUACGAAUGGGCGCUCUUGAGCAGCGAGUAUAUCUGGAUAAGUAGCGCUAUAUAAAUACUUAAUUUAAUAAAGAAUUAAUUAAAAAAGUUGUAUGUUAAUGAUUACAUCGUGCACGUGGACAACAAAAGAAUGCAAUGUGCCCGGAACGUGUUAUGUAUACAUUUAAAGUACAGAAGGGACAGCAUUUGAAUCUGAACAUUUAUUUGACUACAUACUGGCGUUUUAUUUGAACAAUCGAAUUAUAUGUUGUAAUACUUUGUUUUUCAUUUUCGUGAUAAUUAAUCCGUAUUCAUCGAUUAAUCUGUAUUCAUUGAUUAUUUCAAUCAACAUGUAAGUCACGUGUUUGUAUGGACAUGCGAUGCAAUGGGGAGAAGUGAGGUGAAAUGGGGUUCAAUGCCGCUUUCAAGAUUAUUGCACUUGUUUUAUUGUCUGUAUGCACCUCCUUGUACUA